AUGUCGUCACCAUCGCCGGAGUUUCAUUCGUCGCAGUUCUCCAUCACCUCUCCGCGUCGCAUCCCCAAGUCAAAGUUCACGUAUAAACAGCUACACCAGCUUAAGACGUACAGCCCGCAGACGCCCCUCCGUGUGAUCGCACACGUCGAUCUCGAUGCCUUCUACGCGCAGUGCGAAACCGUCCGCCUCGGCAUCGACCCCUCCAAACCGCUCGCCGUACAACAAUGGCAGGGCCUGAUAGCGAUCAACUACCCCGCGCGCGCAUUCGGACUCAGCCGACACGUCACCUCGACUGAAGCGUUGAAGCAAUGCCCGGAUCUUAUACUACAACAUGUUGCGACGUGGAAGGAGGGAGACGAGACAUGGGCAUAUCAUGAGAACAGCUUCAAGGAAAUGGCGACGCAUAAAGUCAGCCUGGACCCAUAUCGCAUGGAGUGCCGCAAGAUCCUGAAAUGCAUCAAGGAGACUCUGCCCGAGAAAGAACAACGUGUCGAGAAGGCGAGUAUCGACGAGGUUUUCAUGGACCUGAGCGCGCAGGUGCAUACCAUAUUGCUGGAGAGAUACCCCGAAUUGAGAGGCCCCGCGCCGUACGACGACCCGACGGAGCCACUGCCGAAGGUGCCUACAACCGUGUUGGACUGGGCGGCCGAUGCGCUCGUCGAAACAGGCGAGGAAGAUGGAGAAGACAGAGAUCCAGACUGGGACGAUGUGUGUAUGGUCAUCGCAUCCGAGAUUGUACGAGAUGUGAGGAGACAUAUCAAGGAUACGUUGGGCUACACAUGCUCCGGGGGCGUUGCAAGGAACAAGAUGCUAUCGAAACUAGGAUCAGGAUACAAGAAACCAAAUCAACAAACCGUUAUACGGAAUCGCGCUGUCAAGCACUUUCUCUCCGACAUGAAGUUUACCAAGAUUCGCAUGCUGGGAGGCAAACUGGGGGACGAAGUAGUGGCAAUGUUCGGAACAGACAAAGUGAAGGACCUUGUGGAACAGCCAUUGGAUCAAUUGAAGAAGCUGGGUGAUGACACCGGCAGCUGGAUAUACUCCAUCAUCAGAGGCGAAGACAGCAGCGAGGUCAACCCGCGCACGCAGAUCAAGAGCAUGCUUUCGGCCAAAUCCUUUAGACCAGCCAUCAACUCGUUCGAGCAGGGUGUACGGUGGCUACGCAUCUUCGUGGCGGACAUAUUCUCACGGUGCGUGGAAGAGGGUGUGCUGGAGAACAAGAGAAGGCCCAAGAGCAUCAACUUGCAUCAUCGUCAAGGUGCACAAACACGGAGUCGACAAGCACCGAUACCCCAGGGCAAACCACUGUCAGAAACCAUCUUGUUCGAUCUUGCCAAGAAUCUUCUGGCCCAAGUCGUCGUCGAUGGGAGAGCGUGGCCUUGCUCCAAUCUUUCUCUGAGCGUCGGGGGUUUCGAAGACGGCAUCACGAACAAUAAAGGUAUUGGUGGCUUCCUCGUUCGAGGCGAAGAAGCAAAGGCCAUGAUGUCAAGUGGCAGAGCUACCAUCGGUGGAGGCGAGCCACCCGCGAAGCGGAGAAGGACAAAAGGCAACAUUGCUAAUUUCUUCGGCCCGAGAGAUGAGAAGAAAAGCGACUUCGAUGCUGCAAGAGCUGUGUUGUGGAAAGCACAUAGCGAAUCUACAAGGGACGAGAGUGGAGACGAGGCGGAAGCAACUGGGGAGGAUCUCGAUCCCUUCCAAGCACAACAAGACGAUGAUGUACAGCGACCAUCGACACCACCAUUAGACCGUCACAGUUCAGACAUGGACGUGUAUCCCCCAGAUACACCUCCCUCGGCCCAACCCCAGCCCGCGUCACAUUCACCACCACAACAGCAUCACGACCCAGUAACACCUGUUCCUCGUGCUAGACCCUCCGUACCGCAAAGACCUGUAGAGACUUACUUUUGCUCACGUUGUAACCUCCAUCUCCCACCAGGCGAAAAAGCCGAACACGAAGACUACCACUUUGCCCUCGAUCUAUCGAAGGAAAUGCGGCAGGAAGAGAGGAAUCCCACACCGGCCCCUGCAAAAAAAGGUGCUGGCGGUUCGAAACCUUCUAGAGGGCGGGGACGGCCACCGGGAAACGGUGCUGGGAGAGGAGACGGGGUAGAGAAAGGGCAGGCCAAGUUGUUCUUUGGAAGAGGGAGUUGA